GUACGAUGGUGUGAGGGAAGAACCGCCUGACACAACUUCUGAACCCCUUAUGCACUUACCAGUGCAGAUGUCGAACCCUCUAAUACGCGCCAGCAAAUAAACCACUGAGUUAUGAGUCGCAGGGACGAGAAUGAGGUGUCGGAUUCCAGUGCCCCUUUACUCUCCCCCCCAGCCUCGUUGGCAAAUAGAGCGUCACAAGGCGAUGAUGGGGACACCCGGGUUUCUCGCUUCAGCUUAACACUUACAGGGGACCUUUUCAUAUGGUCCUUGACAUUCUCUGCUGGAAUCAGUGGGCUUCUCUUUGGUUACGACACAGGUGUCAUUUCAUCAACGCUCGUGUCGAUCGGCUCGGAUCUUUCUAACCGUCCCCUCACUACUAUAGAUAAGAGUCUUGUAACAUCGUGCACAAGCUUGUGUGCUUUAGUCGCAAGCCCAUUGGCGGGCAUACUGGCGGAUAAAUUCGGACGCAAGAAGGUUAUAAUCAUUGCGGACGUGCUCUUUACCUUGGGGGCUCUCAUACAGGCUUUAGCCACCACUGUGUGGACUAUGAUAGUAGGGAGAAGUGUUGUCGGCUUGGCUGUUGGUGGAGCGAGCUUGGUCACGCCAUUGUAUAUUUCUGAGUUGGCGCCAUCUCAUGAGCGCGGAAGAUUGGUAACGAUCUUGUGUCUGCUCAUCACUGGGGGUCAGGUCAUAGCUUACACUGUUGGUUGGCUUUUGUCCAAUACACCUGGCGGUUGGCGCUACGUUGUCGGCCUUGGGAUGUUUCCUGCUAUCUUCCAAUGCAUCGCUGUUGGGACUCUACCCGAAACCCCACGAUGGUUGGUGCAGGCAGGUCUCGAGAGCGCAGCCACAAAUGUCCUAUUACAGGUCUACCAGGCCCACGAUGAAAACGUCCAAAUUGUUGAAAGCAUCUUGCAUGAUAUCCAGCAAGAGGUUGCCGAGGAGGCUGAGAUAAUCGGUCAUACAAACCAAACAAACAAGUCUCUCGAACACUAUGAAAACUGGAUUGCACAUGCCACCCAGCGCACUCGCAAUCUCUUUCUUGUUGGCGGUAACCGCAGGGCAUUGAUAAUAGCAGUUAUGCUUCAAGGCCUGCAGCAACUAUGUGGCUUCAAUAGUCUUAUGUACUUCGCAAGCACACUUUUUGCCAUUCUUUCAUUCUCCUCCCCUACCCUUACGGCACUGGCAGUAGCGAUGACCAACUUCGUUUUUACACUUUUGGCAUUCAUAUACAUUGAUAAGAUUGGCCGGCGGCGAAUUCUGCUUUAUUCCAUACCUGUCAUGGUUCUUUCGCUCGUUGUCUGCGCUAUUGCCUUCGGGUCUUUAGCUCUUCCUAGGUCAUUGUUCGAACCUGAGGACCCAAACGGAGCCGGUGCUGCGAUGGUCCAAGAUUCCUUCCUCCCCUUAUCAGUCCUUGUCUGUCUCACGGUUUAUACAGCGUCAUACGCCUUUGGCCUCGGCAAUGUUCCUUGGCAACAAUCGGAGCUCUUUCCGCUGAAUGUCCGCUCGUUAGGUUCGUCUCUUGCUACAGCUACGAAUUGGGGAUCGAAUUUCAUCGUGGGUUUGACAUUUUUACCUAUGAUGGAAUGGCUAUCACCGGCAUGGACUUUCGCGACCUAUGCGGCUGUAUGCGUAGUGGGGUGGUUUGGAGUGUGGGCUAUCUACCCUGAGAUGAGUGGGCUCAGCCUUGAAGAGGUCAAAGAUCUCCUGGCCAAUGGUUGGGGGGUGAAAGAGAGUCUGGUACGGGGUUAUAGCCGUCCUUAAAGCAGGCGCAAGGCGCUUAUCCGAUGCCAAGGUGGUCAUAAAUCUUUCUCUAGUUAUGCCUGAUGACGGGCACGAGCUUAGCUGGCGUCCCCCAUGAGUUAAAAAUGAG